GCAGCUAAACAAUGGUAUAAGGCAUAGUUGGCUAUCUUAGCUUUUUGUUUCCUAUUCCUCCCAUAUAUAGUUUUCUCAAUGGCUAAAUCAGGUCAUACUGAUAAAAGCCCUUCCAUGAUUUCCACAAUAAUGCUGGUGCUUGGGCUGCUAAUGGCUACCCUAGGCACAACAGGUGCCCAAGUUGGUGUUUGUUAUGGAAUGCUUGGUAACAACCUACCACCACCAACAGAAGUUGUAGCUCUCUAUAGACAAAACAAGAUCCAAAGAAUGAGGCUCUAUGAUCCAAACCCAAAUGCUCUCCGAGCCCUUGGAGGCUCCAAUAUUGAGCUCAUGCUAGGCCUUCCAAAUGACAAGCUUCAAGAGAUUGCUUCAAGCCAAAACAAUGCAAAUGCUUGGGUCCAAAACAAUGUGAAAAACUUUGGAAAUGUUAGAUUCAAAUACAUUGCAGUUGGAAACGAAGUAAAGCCUUCGGAUUCAUUUGCACAGUUCCUUGUCCCCGCCAUGCAAAACAUUCAAAAUGCAAUUUCUGGGGCUGGACUAAACCAAAUCAAAGUUUCCACUGCCAUUGACAAUGGAGUCCUUUCAUCAGAUUCUUUCCCUCCAUCUAAAGGCUCAUUCAAAGCCGAUUAUAGGCCAAUUCUUGAUCCAGUCAUUCGCUUCUUAGUGAAAAAUGGGUCCCCAUUACUAGUUAACUUGUACCCAUAUUUUAGUUACACUGGUAACACCAAAGACAUUCGUCUUGACUAUGCUCUUUUCACAGCUCCUUCACCUGUUGUGAAUGAUCCCCCACUAAGUUAUCGCAACCUUUUCGAUGCCAUUCUUGACACUGUUUACUCGGCUUUAGAGAAAGCAGGUGGGGGAUCGUUGGUGAUUGUUAUAUCAGAGAGUGGUUGGCCUUCAGCUGGUGGGACAGCAACAACACUUGAUAAUGAAAGAACUUACAUUACCAAUUUGGUUCAACAUGUGAAGGGAGGGACACCAAAGAAGCCCGGAAGGCCUAUUGAAACUUAUUUGUUUGCCAUGUUUGAUGAGAACAACAAGACUCCAGAAUAUGAGAAACACUGGGGGCUCUUUUCUCCAAACAAACAGCCUAAGUUCCCAGUUAAUUUCAGUUAAGAAAAGGGCUUUAUUAAGUGCAUCGAGAAAUAAGAGCAACUUAUUAUGGUGCAUAACAAUUAUUAUUAUAAUAAGAGUUUUUGCUAACUCACAAUAAAUAAGAAGUAAUCACCUCAUAGACAAUAAAUAAAAGAGUGCAAUAUCUCUGAUGUAAUAUUAUUAAGAAUAA